AUGAUUAUUCCAAUUCGUUGUUUUACUUGUGGAAAAGUAUUAGCUAAUAAAUGGAAUCAUUAUCAAACUAUGUUAGAAAGCGAAUAUUCUGAAAGUGCUGCAUUAGAAGCUCUUGGAAUAACAAGAUAUUGUUGUCGUCGUAUGCUCAUAUCUCACGUUGAUUUUAUUCAAAAAAUUUUAACGUUUGCUCCACAAGUAUCAACAGGAAUUAGUAUUGAAUAUUCAGGGCCUUCUAUUUUUAGAAACAUCUAUAAUGAAUCGUCUACAUCACUUUCACCUUUUAAUUCUCCACGAUAUGAACCUGAAAGUUCUCGUUCCUCUGAUGAGAAUCUUUCUAACAGGACUUAUAGAAUCACAUCAGGAAACCUUCUUGAUAAUGGUUCUCCCAGAUAUGUUCCAGAUGAAAGUUCACCAAGAUAUUCCCAAAAUGAUGAUUCUUCUCCCAGAUAUGUUUCAGGUGAAAGUUCACCAAGAUAUUUCCAAAACGAUGAUUCUUAUCUAAACUCUGGCCAAAUUAAUCCCGUAUAUGGACUUAAUUCGGAUGAUCAUUCUCUUAGUUCUUUGAGACAAGAGCCGAGACAAGUAAUUCCUGAUUCUCCAACCUAUCAAUCUGCUUCAAUUGGAGAAUAUGAACAAGAGAAUGAUUACCUCUCACAAAAUUUACCUAAACAAGAUCAAGCACAUGGUGAUGAAUCUCCAAGAUAUUCUCCUGAUUGUUAGAGUAAUUUAAUAUGUAUGACAUACUGUAUCUAUCUGAUUUUGAAAAUUUUGUGUUUCUAUUAUUAUUUGCACAAUUUGCACGUAAUCUUAUAUUUCUUUAACUUGCGUGACCA